GUUUCAGAUAUUUCCAAAUAAAAAAUGCACACAGCCCAAAUCCGAAGUGUCUCCCGGCGGCUUCUGCGUAUUUUGUGUGGGCGGCGGCUCCCGCAGACCUGGAAUACUGUACUCGUGCUAUUAUCUAUUCAUAUGUACUUGACAGUACCUGUUAUAUUGGCUGCUGGAAUAAAUAAUGAUAGAACAGGUCUGCUCCGCCCGUUCCGAGAAAUUCAGCAGAGAGGCAUAUUGCUUGGAGAAAUCGAUGAUGAUUUAUUGGACUUAUUUUAUGAAAGAUGUCAUGCCGAGAGAAUGACCUACAAUCCAUAAUUUGCUUCAAAAAUUUUUUUAAUUGGGAAAUAAAAAUUCUGAAAUUUUUUUUGAUUAAAAAAAUUUAAAAAAAUUGAAAAAAAAA